UACAUUGGAUGUACGCAUAAUUCAACAGAUUAGUAAUGCAUAGAAGUAAUCAUUUAUGUAAUCUUUAUUGAAAAAAAAAACUAUUAUCGGCUUCAAGUGUUAUUUAGAAUUACUCAAUCAUAUUAUUCGUUAUCUAAUAUAGUGCAAUUUUUCUUCAAUUUCCGCACUUGUUAUUGACUGUGUUCAUGGCAUUAUUAGUCACUUGUACACGAUUAUUUUCUCAAGUUUUUACACAACUAUCUGCUCGUUUCAGUACUUCUGUUAAUUAUCAAAAGAUCAUGGAACAACAUGAAAUUGUGCCAGAUGUCAUUCCUGAAGCCCCUAAAGGAAAAAUACAAGUAUCAUAUCCUAGUGGUGUCAAUGUAGAUUAUGGAAACGAACUUACGCCAACACAAGUAAAAGAUGAACCAACAGUUAAAUGGGAUGUUGAAGAUAACACUCUUUACACUUUAUGCAUGACAG